AAGUAGAAAGGGCCUUUGAAAACGCGUUUAUACAUUUACGAAUGUGUUUAUAUAGAAUUACGGAAAUGUGCUUUUACUAUCGAUCGAUUGAAAAUUAUAUAUUCAUCUCAAAUACAUUUGAAAUGAAAUUUUAUUUGAAUAACGAGGUGUAGCAAUAGAUGAGAAUUCAAUAAAACUUUAUUUCACUCUUUCGGAUGUAUUGAAUAUAAAGUUAACAGAAACUGCGCAUAUUCAAAACUUGUCGACAAUACAUGGAAUGAAUAUGAACUUGGGAUACGAAGCAACUGGAUAGACUGUCUAGGCGGUGUGGUUCUAUUUUCUUUUUUAAUUUUCAUUUUAAAUAGAACGAUGUGCCAUUUUAUAUAAUAUUUUAACAAAAUUGGAAACAUGAGUGUUGUAAAAUGUAAAUAGGUAAGUCUAAAAUAUGAAAUGAUGUCGGACAGGAAUUUAUCGGUUCCUGAUGCGCAACUUCCGGCUGAACGGUCCAGUCAAAGUCUAUCGAUUUCAAAUCUCCGAAAUAACAGAAAUGCUGCUGAAACUUCACGCGCUCAGUUAGUUUCCAGUGAUAUUCAUCGGGAACCAAGGAGACCUUCAAUGACCUUUGAACCAGCGAGGCGGGAACACGAAAAUAGACAAAAUGACACACGUAGAGGAAGUAUGUACAUGCAUAGGGGAUCCAACCGUCACCCUGAGCGUGGUUUGGAAGAACGCAGGGCUUCAAAUGUCCGAAGAGGAAGUAUUCACCAAGUAGAGGAGAAUCAUCACACUGACAUCAGUCGUGAUAGCAGGGUUUCAAAUGGUCAUGUGCCAGGAGAGCGUGGUCAAAACAGCCGCGUAUUUAGACAUCCGGACAACGUACACUCUACCCAUUAUCACCAAAGACCGGUGUCAGAACCAUCAAGGACAUCAGGGGACCUUCCUCCAGUUGAUGCUGUGACACAGAGGCGCAGAGAUUUUCAAGGUGUAUCCUCGGCUAGGACACGUGGAAGUAAUUAUGAAGAUGUACCGGACAAAGAUGAUCGAUAUGUAGUUCCAGCGUUACCGAUGCCCGUAGCUAUUUUCUGUUGUGUUCUUAACUUCGUUAUACCUGGAUUCGGUUCUAUGGCUGCUUCAUUAUGUGUCCUUUGUUGUGCGAAAACAGAUGACAUGACGUGUGGAGAAAAGCUUGGUUCAUGUUGUACUGUUUUCGGCAUUGGGGUGCUCCAAUUGCUUCUAGUCGCUUGUUUUCUUAUUGGAUGGAUCUGGAGCUGCAUCUGGGGAAUUACAUUUAUUGGAAUGUCAGCAUCGUAUUACGACGAUGACGACGACGAGUAUAAUGAUGACUAUUACACAGACUCAAACAACCCUGCUUACAGGGCUCGAGUGCGCGGGCGCACCCCACUUCCGACUCCACAGAUAGUCGUCGAUCAACCAUACCCGGGAAUUCGUUACGAAGAUAUUCAACGUGACCGCCGUCGUCGGCGGGAAACCCAGCGCCGGUCAAGGUCACGAAUUUCACUCACUCCUUCCAACCUCAUAUACCCUAUGAGAGCACCGUCCAAUAUUGCAUACAAUUCGCCACCACCGCCAUACCAAGCUACGUUGUCUCCACCGCCGCCAUAUCGUAGAGAGCAAAAUAAUAGGAGAAGAGAAAGUAUUAGUUAUGAAAUUACAAACAGACAGCCCGACAGACAAAGACAGAAUACCGACGUUAUACAUGAAGAAGAGUACAGAUGACAGAGCUUUGAUAUCUAUUAAGGAAAGUUUCGUAUAUAGAUGGAAUGAAAAGUUAAUAUAAUGUCAAACCCGUAAAUAAAAAUACUCAUCAGAUAAACAAAAAGUGGUAUUCAUUUAUAGGUGGUAUAGGUUAUAACACACUAAAUAGCCAACACUAUAUAUUCUAUAUAAAAUGACAAGUUUUCACAAUGCUGCAAUACACACCUAGACCCAUUUUAAAUUUCUGUAACUUACAUUUUCUUGUAGAGCAACAUUUAUACUGUAAAAAUAUCCAAAGAAAAGUAGGGGUCAUGUCUGAUGCAAGAAAAAUAUUUCUGGUCAAACGGACACACCGUAAUUUUUACACUGGAAUGACAAUCACAAUUUAGGGUAGGGGUGUAUGAAUAAAUGUCACAUGUUAAAUCAGUUUGGAGUCUUUUUUCAACAUGCAAAUGCUACCAGUAUGUCAAGUAUAGGCAUGCAAUAUGAUUUCAACCAAUAUAUAGCAAUGAUUUCAAGGAAAAAUCCUUCUUACAGCAAAAAAACAAACAAACUGAGAACUAUUUGAAUCCGCCAUUAUGCGACUACCAUUUUUACAUCGGUGCUCAGGCUAUUUAGUGUCUGUAUGCCUAUAUAUAUAU